ACACUGACACGGCUGACUGGUUUUAAUAGGGAGGUAGCGGAGAGAGGGCGAGGUACAGCACAACACAUGCGACACCUGCAAGCACUUGACUGGACUACUAAAGAGACUGUGGACUACUAACGGAUUAAGAUAAUAUUCCCAAAUGAUGACGAUGCGUAACGAAAUGUGAAAGUUGUUUAUUUUAAGUUAUUUACAAAGGCUAUCCGGUUCAUGGACAUUGUACUUCAACUACGACGUCUGGAAACUUUAGCAACUCGGAGAAAAACAAAAAGCGAUACAAGCUUACAGACAAAUGGACACUGACGCGUUUACUUGCGUUUUGCUACUGUUUUGUUAAAAUCGGACAGCUGUGUGCCACGGAAUGUAACAUCUGCCCACCUUAAGUUACCUGGACUCAAAUCUCAGUGGGUUGACUGCUGUCAUUAUGAUAACCGUGAUGCAAACCCUGCUUCUCAUCAUGAGUUUGUGUGUAUGGGGUUGUCAUGGCAACACCCGCACUACACCCCGUGUGCACCUGUCAUAUAAAGAGUUACUAGAGACGAAAACCAUACGGCCGUUCAGUUUUUCCUUCAACACCAGCGACUACCGAAUCCUUCACAUGGACCAAGACCAAGGCCGACUCUACCUGGGCAGCCGUGAAUAUGUGGUCUCACUGGACAUGCAAAAUGUUAACAAAGAACCCCUUAUUAUUCACUGGCCAGCGACAACACAGAGAAAGGGGGAGUGCAAAUUAACUGGCAAAGGUGGACAGGGUGAGUGUGCUAACUUUGUGCGUCUGAUCGAGCCUUGGAACAGGACUCAUCUGUACACGUGUGGCACAGGAGCUUAUAAACCCAUCUGUACCUUCGUCAACCGAGGUUGGAGAGCUGAGGAGUAUCUCUUCCGGCUUGUUCCUGGAUAUGUUGACUCUGGAAAGGGAAAGUCUCCGUAUGAUCCCCGCCAGGAAAACGCAGCAGCUCUUAUCAAUGGAAAUCUGUAUGCUGGGGUACACGUGGAUUUCAUGGGUACAGAUCCAGCCAUCUUCAGAACUUUAGGGGACCGACCCGCUGUCAGAACAGAGCAGUAUGACUCCCGGUGGCUUAACGAGCCUGUGUUUAUAAAAAUCCAGAAGAUUCCAGACAGUGCGGAGAAGAACGAUGACAAGCUUUACUUUUUCUUUCGGGAAAAGAGCUUGGAUGCAUCGGGAGGCAGUGCACCGAGCGUUCUCGCUAGAGUGGGCAGAGUCUGUCUGAAUGAUGACGGAGGUCAAAGGUCAUUGGUGAAUAAGUGGACAACGUUCCUCAAAGCACGACUCGUCUGUUCUGUCAUUGGUGCCGAUGGGGUUGAGACUUAUUUUGAUGAACUGAGAGAUGUUUUUAUACAGAGGACACACGAUGAGCGUAACCCCAUCGUGUAUGCUGUGUUCUCCACAGCUGGCUCCGUUUUUAAAGGCUCGGCUGUGUGUGUGUACUCUAUGGCUGACAUCAGAAAUGUCUUCAAUGGGCCUUUCUCUCACAAACAUGGUCACAACUACCAGUGGACUCCUUACACUGGUAAAAUCCCCUACCCUCGACCAGGGACUUGUCCCGGAGGAACCUUCACGCCUGAUCUCCACACCACUAAAGCUUUCUCAGAUGAAGCUGUAAAUUUUGUCCGUGCCCAUCCUCUGAUGUAUCAACCCAUAUACCCGAUACACAAACGCCCCCUGGUGGUCAGGACCGGUGUUGACUAUCGCUUUACCACAAUUGCUGUGGACUUGGUGGAUGCUGUGGACGGAAGAUAUGAGGUGCUUUUCCUGGGCACAGAUCGGGGAACAGUACAGAAGGUGAUAGUCUUACCAAAAGACAUUAGCACAACAGAGGAGCUUGUUUUAGAAGAGGUCGAAGUUUUUAAGACGCCAGCAGCUGUCAAAACUCUGAAGAUUUCUACUAAAAGGCAACAGUUGUACGUUUCAUCAGAAAGGGGUCUUACCCAGGUGUCCCUGCACAGGUGUGCUGUUUAUGGUAAGGCCUGUUCAGACUGCUGUCUGGCCAGAGAUCCAUAUUGUGCCUGGGAUGGAGAAACCUGCUCUGCUUUCACCCCAGCUACAAAGAGGAGAAGCAGGAGGCAAGAUAUCAAACAUGGAGAUCCAUUACGACAGUGCCGGGGCUUUAACGCUAAAGUAGAGAAGCGUUUGAGGGAGACUGUGCAGUUUGGAGUCGAAGGCAGCAGCACAUUUUUGGAGUGCCAGCCGAGGUCUCCUCAGGCCACAGUCAAAUGGCUUUACCAGAAAGACGGCAAGCGGAAAGCACUUAAUCGAGAUAAAGAAAUUUUGAAGACAGGUCACGGCAUCCUGAUGAAAUCUCUCACCCAAUCGGAUGCCGGUCUCUACCAGUGCCUGGCAACCGAGAACAACUUCAAACACACCGUGGCCCGCAUCUCUCUUCGGAUCCUGGACCGAGAGAUCGUCGAUGCGCUAACUGAGACCGACAUCCUCGUAGAACCAGAUCGCCAUCGCCAUAAUUCCCAUCAUCACCCUCCACCCCCACCCCCGCCUCUCCAGACCCUCCCACCCCCUCUCCAGUCCCACUCACAACCAGAGGUGCGUCUCAUCAACCAGUACUGCCAGUCCUACAGGCAACAGAUACAAAGCCAAGCUCACAAACCCAAGAGGAACAACCGCCGGCACACCGGUGAACAGGAAGAGGAGGAACCACAGGAUCAGUGAGUGGAAAAGCAUCUGGACACCACCAGUUCAUCCUUUGACUUUGUCCCAUUCACUGUGUGAACAAUGUGUCUCAUCACUCCAUUUAUUUGUUUGACUUUGUUCGUUCAUUAGACUCUAAACAACGUUUUGAGGUACAGUACCUCUCCCAACCAGUUCCUGUCUGGAUGUGACAUGCAUAUCCACUCAUUUGUACUAUGUGGAGGUUUGAACAACACAGUGGUUAAAACAACUGCCAAUAAAUUCCUAAAAUAUCCAGCUAAACCAGCAAAACUACUGCCAUAUUAUGUAAAAUAUAAGCUAUUCCCACUUAAAGGCGGAGUGAACAAUGUUUCAAAAACACUUUGGAAAAGUGAGUCAGGCCGACUACCAAAACACACUUGUAGCCAAUCAGCAGUAAGGGGCGUGUCUACUAAUCAACAUCCUUGUUGGGGUUGCGCAUGUGUGGGGUGGGUCUAUCAAACAAAGGUCUAGAUUCUAUUGGGGUAGGUGUGUGUAUGUUUAGGUGAUUUCAAAUAUCAACAUUGGCAUUCAAACAUUGUGCACUCCGCCUUUAAGGUUGCAUAGAUGACUUUAGUGUAAAUACUGUUAGACAUUAAAUAAUAAUAAUAAUGUUGACAUAGAAAAAAGUAUUUAAGAUAACACAGUAUGGCUUAUCUAAACCCCCAGACUAUAAAAUACAGCAGUGGAAAUGCAGCAGAGGAUCUUUUGAAAGCAGCGUUUGACCUGAGGAUGCUAGGAAUAACUUAUAUAAUAUAGACUGUUAGUAUGUUUUAUGACCAUUGAAGUUGGUCAACUCUUCUUGAAAUUUAAGAUUUUGAUAUUGUUUGUAGAAGAUCAAGUCUUGAUCCAUGACAGAAAUGACAAACCUACAACUAAAAUGAGCAACUUCCAAAAGGAGUGUGACAUUUUAGUAUCAUUUGAAGUGUGUGUUGGUGCAUUGGUUUCAAAACUUAAAUUAUAAUUGGAAAUUAUCAUUUAACUGUUGGUCAGUAGAUUAAAAGGGAAAACAAAUAUUAUUAUCGUUUUUAACAACCAAGACUAAUUUCACUAACUGCAAUGUGAUUUGAUAAUUGCCGGAAAAGGUAAAAGUUUUCUAAGAACAUGACUGUGGACCAAAAUAAAAGUCAUGAUGUCAAGUAUUUGUAAAACAAAAAAAGUUUUAAAUAUUUCAUAGGUAUUAUUGAUUAAAAAUUUUCUCUUCUGAUAGUCAGACAUGCUAUUUUAUAAGCUUUAGUGUGGAAAAGUCUUGAGUAUAAUUUGGGAUACUUUGCCAUUUUUUUUGCGAUUUUGUUUAUUCUCAAACCACUAUAAGCAAGCUGAUCUUUUCUUCUGUAUACUGCUGUAUAUAUAGGCAUAAAACCAAGCGUUUCAGUCUGAUCUCCACUGGCUUUGACUGUGGACUAUUACGAUAGUCGGACCACUAAGCACAUUCUCACUAAGCAUUGCUAUAAACCAUAAUCGGCUUUGCUGUAUUUUGUAUUCCAUGAUUUGUUAAUGGUAAAAUGUGGUCAUAUUUUUGCUUGUGUAUACACGGUAUCUGUGCUUUUUGUUGUGUGGCAAUGACACAUGUAAAUAGAAAAUGGGUGUUCAGAGAGUCACUAGUCAGGAUUAACUCCUAUUCCUCAUCUCUCCUGUGACCCCCCCCCCUUCUAUUUCUCUUUCACCCACACCAUACAACAUAUUUAUUGCAAGAGUGUAAAUAUUCAUGUAAGUUGUGCUCUUUGGUGAUGGGACAGGGCAUGUUUCGGUGGAAAAUGUCUUUGUGUGUAUUGUUAAUUUUCUGGACCAGGGCACACAGAGAGAUGCUGAGAGAAAAGAGGUAGAUGUUUUUGGAACAGUGAUUAGAGCAGAUAUAAGAGUUUGGAUAACUGUGGCAAAUGUUGUUUAACGCAAUGUUGAUAAAAGGAUUAUUUAUACAAAUUACAUAAUAUUGAUAAUGGUUUAAAUGAAAAACAAAGAAAAGUUUUAACUUUUAAAAAUGUUUUACUAAUUUUGGGACACUGUUCACAUCUGCAGAGUAUUUCAAAGCCAGAAAUGUCUACCUUUUUCUAGCACUUUCCACACUCUAAAAGAAUAAUGUGUUAAUUUUUUACACAGUUUGUGUCAUGUCAUGUAAAGCAACACUAUGUAGUUUCCAUGUAAAAAUGACUUACAGCUCCCCCAUGUGGUUGAAAAGCGCAACAGUGUCUGGUAUCAGACUCUCUUCUGCAGGCAGGGGGAGGGGCGAUGCUGUGUUUCCUACCCUCCACCGCCACUUUCAGAGUGUGCUUGUAGCAGCUAGGAGGCUGCUCAGGUUGCAGCAACAGUACAAUUUGUCCAGUUAAAAGUUGUUCUAUCACUGAAAUAAUUUUAGAGAUAUUAUUUAAAGGUAAAAAAACUACAUAGUGUUGCUUUAACACAUUUAUGUGUUAUUCUGUGUUAAAGUAAAUGAAUGGGACAACACAAGUUGUGUAAAAAAGUAACACAAAAUGUGUUGUUCCAAUAAUAACACAGAGAUGUGUUAGUUAGGGACAACACAUUUAAUGUGUUGUCCCUAAACUAACACAGAAUGUGUUGUUUUUAACACAUCAGGGGCCUAUACCAUGAAGCUGGUUUAGUUGGUUAGCCAGCUUUGUUUAGGAUUAGUUUGUGCAAAUCCUGGGUUUUGGGUACCAUGAAAAUAGCUUUUACCAACAAGGCCUGCACAUUGGCUUGGUUUUGUCAAUCUGAAACUAAUCCUGUAACCCUGAGUUUGUUUAACCAUUUUCAUGGUACGGGCCCCUGUUUUUAGAGUGCAUAAAAUAUCACUAGCACUGAAUAGAUAGGACAGAGGCAAAGAAAAUGAUCUUCUGAAAACAUAAGGGGCUUAGAUGAAAAAGCCUCUAAACGCCACCUCUGUCAAAAAUGAGAUCAUGAUAUUAACCAGUGGUGGCUCGUGACUGCGCAAAUUUAAAAUAUGUGUUCGGAGUGUCAUGUGUUGCUCUUGUUUCCAAAAUAUGUGUUUGUUGCGUCAUGUGAACCAUGUGCAUCACGUGUUUUGUCAAAAAAGUGCCUUCUGCACACGCGUCAAAACCGUUUAUGGUAAAAGAGACGUUCACAAAAUACACGCAAGACACUCCCUUAACAGUAAACUUUGAUUACACAUGAGAUUAUGCGAGUAUCUUGCAAACGUGAGCGUCUUGUUUAUCAUAAACCCUUUAGACGCCUCUGCAGCAGGCACUUAUUUUGACAAGACACGUGAUGCACAUAGGAUCACUCAACACGCAGAACACAUAUUUUGAAAUACCACACACAUGAUGGGCUACAUACAUGUUGUGAUGAACUUUGCAUCAUGCGCCCUUGAAAAAAGAAGUCACUUAUAUUAACCGAAUGCUCUCAGCAUGUAUUAUACGUUCAUCAAAUACUUUCGCUUCAAAUGGGCUUCAUUCCACCCUCGGGACAUUCAGAAAUGUUUGUUUAUGUCAGAAUCCAUUAAAAAUGCUCACUUACAGUACAAGAAAGAUGUCAGCGAGGGUUUUGCAUCUGAGCUCUUUAUAUACUUUGUCCACUGAUUUCAACAUCAUGUAUUUAAGAGCCUGUUUCUCUUUAGUAUGCUAGAGGGAUAUUUAUGACGACUAUCUAUAUAAAUAGUUCAAUAAAACAUUUGGUGAUUUUUACCCUA